CCGUAUAAAGUCCCCAUGAACCAAUUCCCCCAGUCUCCGGACGUGACCCAAGGGCAGCAACCUCCCGUCUACCAGGACCCGAACCAGCACGCCCAGUUCCAGCAGAACCAGAUGUAUCAGCAGCCGCAGAUGCAACAGUAUGCGGGCUCACCGCCGCCCCAGCAGCCCCAGGGCGCCUACAUGUCGCCUCAGCAGACGGGCCAGUUCCAGCAGCAGCCCAUGAACCCCGGCAUGCCUCCGCAGCAGCAGAGCGGUACCGUCUAUCAGACCGCUACGCCCAUUGCUUCGCUCAACCGAUCCCCCGCGCCGGCGGACUGCCCUGCUUGUGGCCAGCGUGCCAUGACCAACGUCUCAUACGAGAUUGGCAACACCACACACGCCUGGGCUCUCGGUCUCUGCUGCUUCGCCUGCUUGGGAUGCAUCCCCUACGUCAUGAACUCGCUCAAGGACGUCCAGCAUAAGUGCGGACGCUGCGGUGUCCUGCUCGCUACCUGGCAUCGUAGCGGUACCACCGAGGUGCACAUCCACUCCUAA